AUGGAACUAUCAAAAAAAGUUAUAAAAAGUCAAAAAGAUUUGGGGCUAUAUAAUUGCGAAUUGGGCCGAAGAAUGGAUAAUCUCGAUGUACAAAACGAAAUAUAUAUCAAUAUGAAAUUAUCUUAUUCAAGACUUGAAGAGGAUACUGAAAUUGCAAAAAAUCAAAAAUUUGAAGAAUUAAGAAACCAAGAAGAAUAUAUUAAUGAUCAAGAAAAAGAUGUCCAAAGAUUAUCAUUUUUAAUAAAUAAACAAUCAGUAUUCUUAAAAACACUAAUUAAUUUGGAGAAAGCAAAUCAAAUGAUAUUAUUAAAUAAAAUUGAAUUUGAUACAAUUAAUCAUGAGAAUAAUAUUUCAAAACUUUUUGAAAUUGGUGGAUUUAAUUGGGAAAUUUUUGAAAAAGUUUUUUCUCCAAAGUAUGACAAUGAAGAAUGUAAUAUUGAAAAUGAUCCAACACGUCAUGAAUUUUAUGUUUUCAUAAAGAGAAUUUUAUUGGACACAAUAAAGUUAUGUGAUUACCAAAAUGAAGUAAGGGUUAAUCUCAAAAGAAGAGAAGGCUUGACACCAUAUUACUUUGAAAUAGCAGAUAACUCUAAUACCAUAUUAGGUUUUGUCGAAACUUGUUUCAAUGCCACUGAUGAACCAAGUAAAGCUGCUGGCCAUUGCUAUGAUUUUGCUCUUCAAAAAAUUAAUACUACAGGCGAUGUUUCCAAAAAAGAACAAUUCAUAAUUUGUAUGUCAACUAAAGAUGCAAGAGUUUUCUUCACUAAAGAUUCAAAAGAAUUAGCUGCUGAUAAAGAAGAGUCUCUAUACACAUCCACACCCUCUGAAACAACUUCCACCAACGAUAUUAGAGUAUUGUUUUCAUCAGAUGUAAUAAGCUAUGAUAGUCCAAAUGAUCUUUUCGCUUUACUUUGCACCGCCAUAAUUAAAAUGAAUAUCUGUAAACACCAUUCUACUAUCACAACUACAACUACAACUACUACAACUACAAAUACUGUAACAACCUCUUCAAAAAAUGAUUCAGAAAAUUCAAACAAAAAAAGCAAAAGGAAUGAAGAAACAGCUCCAGUUGUUACACCAGCACAAAGAAGAAGAGUUUCUGUAUUAAUUAAUCAAGAAGAUAUUUAA